GCAUUAUGUCUCAUACGGUUAGGGGUGCAAAUAUGUAAAUUAAACAACUCUGCCAGUACGGACGGCAGUUUCGAACGAUCAGCAGGCAGAAGCGGUAUAGUUGUAGCCCGGCAGCGACAGUAUCAUCUCCACGGAUCACAGCAGUACCAGUGAUCAGUCGAUCGUAUCGUCAAUCGCGUUCCGAACGUCAAGAGUUUCGGAACGGUCGUGCUGGACUACCUAUACAGCAAUAGGAUACUAGAGUGGUUGUCCAGGAUACUACAGUGAAUGUCUAGAAAUUCGCAGAUCGUGGCUCCUCUUGUGUUGUGAUAUUACGACGAUCGAGAACAGUAGUUGAUUUCAAGAAAGUGUGUUUUUGGUAAAGAAAAACUUCCAUAGUUCCGCAACAAAGCCAUACGCAAGUGGACUGUCUUUCUUUCUCUUCUAUCUCGCUCUCCUUCUCAAUGUUCUGGAGCUGGUGGGGAUUCCGGUUUCUGUUCGCCCAGGUGCUUAAUCUCGGCUAUUUGUUAUAAAAACUGUACUACCGGGCGCCGUCGAAGCAGUUUGGUGUGGUGGUGUUGAUCGUUCGUAGCAGACGACGUGAUCAGUCGACGGUGUGUGUUGAGAGUAAUCGUAGUACGUCGCACGUUCCUCUCGGGAUUACAGUCGAUCGGUUGUGCCGUUACCGGUUCUUGAUGGUUUCAGUGUCGACGGCUCGUCGCUGGGAAGGGAAGAUGCGCAAACGGGACGCAAGCGUGGUACUGCUCCUGUUGGUGAUGUGUGUUACGCUAGUUCCAGCAGUGAUAGGACAGCAGCAGCAAAACCUUCGACAACAAAUUCUGCCCGUAAGUCGUCGUUCGUCAUAUGCGCUUCCCGCGGCACCAGUGCCGGCAGCACCAGCACAACCACCACAGGUUUCAUUGCAGCAUGGUGCCGCAUUUCGCUACAACCCAGCGUCAGCAGCAGUGACUGAGCUGGCACGUGUGAUCGGCAGCAUUCUCGGACAGCAACAUAAGGCGGCCGUCUUCUCGCCGGUCAGUAUCGCUUGUGCCCUAUCGCUGAUGCUGAUCGGGGCCGAACAGGAAACGAAGAACGAGCUGAUACGAGUGCUCGGCUUCCAGCAGUACAGUGAUCACCUGCACAACAUCCAUCAGCUGUACAGCGAGAUGUUGAAGGAUUUGGCCAAAACCGAGUUUGAUCGUGUACCGCCACGCUGGCGCACCGCGAACCCCUGCUACGACGACGAGGACGAAGAGGAUGCAGCGGCGGCAGCGGCUGAAUUUCCACCCGAGAAGGACGUCAUACGUGUGACGAAUGCGGUAUUCGUGCAGGAGGGAUUCCCACUGAACGCUAGUUUUACGUACUACUCGAAACGGUACUACAACAGCACGGCAGCCAAUGUUCCGUUUGCCAGCAAUCCGGCACGGGCGGCUGGAUUCAUCAAUGCGUGGGCACAGCGCAGCACGGAGGGUAAGAUACGGGACAUCGUGUCCGAGUCUGUGGCAGCAGAAGCGGAAAUGAUCGUCGCCAGUGCGCUCUACUUCAAAGCACUGUGGUCGGAACCGUUCGAGCAGCAGGCAACGGAGCUAAAACCGUUCUAUCCGGAUGGGUAUGGGCGUGAGGUGAAACUAAUACCGACAAUGUCAACCGUCGGCUGCUAUCCGUACUACGAUGCGCAAGAGUACGAUGCGAAAAUUGUCGGUCUUUCGUACCAGGGCAACAAAUCGGCCCUGUACAUCAUCAUGCCGAACAACUCCACCCGCCAAACUAUGCAGGAUUUCCAGCGCCGUCUAACACCGGCCAUGAUCGGUGAGCUCGUCUCAAAGAUGGCACAGCGCAAGAUGUUCCUGCAGAUGCCGAAGAUGGAGAUCACCAACACGAUCAAUCUGCGCGACAUACUGCAGCGGCUAGGGUUGCAAACGAUCUUUAACCGUGGGCAAAGCGAUCUGUCCGGCAUGAUUGCGAAGCAGCAACAGAUCGAACUGUUUGCGACACGGUUCGGUGAGCCAGGUGCUGCUGGACCGGCAGAUCCAUCGUCGGUCCUUUUCCCCUCCGAUUACUACUAUUCGCAACCGUCGGCUGACAUACGGCGUGGUAGCGGGACGAACAACGUCAAUGCUGCGGCAGCCGAGUCGAGUCGGGAUCGCGUGCCAGGACCACAGCUGCACGUGAGUGAGUUCAUUCAUCGGGUCGUGCUCGACAUCAACGAGAAGGGUACGGAGGGUGGUGCAAUCACGACGUCCACCAUCUUCCGGGCAUUACCAUCCGUUCAUUUCCGGAUCGAUUCACCGUUCCUGCUGCUGAUCGGUCAUGACGAUACGCGGCUACCACUGUUCUACGGUACGAUCUACGAUCCAACGCCCUAGGCGGCUGGUCGUCGAAUGAGAAGGUACGGGCAGGAGCAGCUCGAUCCAUUUCUUGGAUGACUCCCAUGUGAACCAAGCGGCAAAGCAGGAAGAUGACCGUUUUCUCUAAUAAUGAAAUUGCGUGCAAUUACAAAAUUCUAGUUUAUUUUACAAAUAAGUGAAUAAAAUAUUUUAUAUAUAUCUA